GCGGUAACACUGGAAUAAAAGCAUGGAUUCCAGAAAGUACUCAACAUUUCACAACCAUGACGGAUCUCAAUGUGACUACAAUGAUGUCGCUGUCGGGACGAGUAGGCCUCGUUACAGGUGGAGGGACAGGAAUAGGAUUCAUGAUUGCGAAAGCCUUUGCUGCGAACGGGGCAAAAGUAUAUAUCACUGGCCGAAGGCUGGACGUGCUUAAGAAAGCCGCGGCUUCUGUUACGGGCGUUCCAGGAUCCAUUGUCCCUUUCCGGAUGGAUGUCACCGAUGAAGAAAGCGUCAAGGCCGGUGCAAAAUACAUCGAAGGAAUCGACGGGAAGCUCGAUAUCCUCGUCAACAAUUCCGGAAUUGCUGGGUCACGAAGGGACCCAGACUUCGCUGCGAAGAAAUAUGCCGCAGAGACUCGGGAUCCUUUCGAGCCCGAGACGGUACAGAACUGGGAGGACAUCUUCGCACUAAACACGAUCGCCGCAUUCUUCGUCGUACGCGCCUUCCAAUCUCUCCUCGUCAAAGGGGCGCAGUCCCGUGCCCAAGGCACAUCCAGCGUCAUCAACAUCAGUAGCGUGGCGGCAAAGCUGAACGGGCUGAGCCCCGCCACAUCCGCAGCAUACAAUGUAACAAAAGCUGCUUUGGACAAGCUCACGCUUGUUCUGGCAACGAGUUUUGCUGGGAGGAGUAUCCCGAUUAGGGUGAACGUGCUGGCUCCUGGUCCGUUUUUAUCUGAGAUGGCUACUCAUGAGCAGUUGGAGAUGAUCAAGAAUAACACUCUACCUGGAUUGGUCGCACCGGUUCCUGCGAAGAGGUCGGGGACUGAGGCGGAGAUGGGGAUGACGGCGAUCUACUUGGCCGUGUCGGACUUUACAAACGGAGCGGUUUUGAACCUGGAUGGAGGAUUAUCGUUGGUCAAUCCUUGAUUGAUGUAGAGCCUCAUUUGUCCAGUAGUCACGCAUGACGCACGGACGUUCGCAGUUUUUGCCCCUUUGACCGACCGGAGAAAUUUUUCCAAGAAGACGAUGGGUUUGCCGAUGAACUUCAUGUACAGAAUAUUUUCCAGAUUUACAUUGACAACAGCAGAUAUGAGAUCCUAUCAGAAGAGGUAUACAGAGAAUGGUGUAAUACAGCCACGAAAACACUGUAAUUAUGGUCAAACGA